AUGCCGGCGAAAUACUCCCAUGUCAAGAAACGGCCGCCUCCCAAGAAACCUCGUAGCGACGGCGCUGCCUCAUCCACGCACCAACACCACCAAGACCAUCAGCACCCCAGCCCUCGCACCGACAAGAGCAUCUCCCACGCCAUGAGCGCGGUCUCCAAACUUGAGCGCACCAUCGCUCGCAUCCUCCUCAUUCGCUUUGAGCAGGACAUGGCCCGCCUCUUCUCUACCCACCUCUACUGCGUCGCCCUCCUCCAUCUUCCGACAUUCGUCCUUCGCUGCGUCACCAUCGGGGGGCCUAGCUGGGUGGCCGCCAAUGCGGAUAGUGACGAGAUCAAAGACUUCUUCCGCACAACCAUUGCAAUGGACAUGCGUCAGGCCGGAGAACGCGUCGCAACGAAGAGCGUACUGUGGACAUAUACCGCACUGAGGCAUUUUGCCAAGUCUAACGGAAUCCCCAUCUGCCAAACACGCGGUCUCCACUCCGCACGCCUCCUUCCUCACUACGACGCCCUCAAAGCCCACCUCGAGUCCCUCGAAACCCGACACUCACCCGCGUUCGCCAAGCCACCCCACCUCGGCCCCCUCACCGAAGGCGUGCGCACGCUGACGGAAGCCUGCGAGAAGAGCUCGCGCUCGCAGGACUGGCAGUACAAGGUGCGCGAGGGCUACGACCGCGUCUGCUCGACGCUCUGGCGCGUCGCGCGCGAGUUCGACGUCCGCGGCUACGGCCUCGUCCUCCGCGACAAGCUCACCUCCAAGUGGUGCGACUGCGGGUGCUCGACGGACCACCUGAGCGAGGUGUGCGAGAAGACGGUCCGGCUGGAGGAGGAGGAGAGCGGCGUUAGGUCGGGCAAGGAGCGGGAGUGGGACGGGCGAGGGUCGGGCGUGGGCGGCUGGGGCACGGAGGAGGAAGAGGACAUGUGGACGGUCGAGUUCGACUUCAUCGGAACCGAACACGAGCUGCAUACAAAGCACGCCGACGGCGGGACGCACGACUGUUGUGACAUGACGGUGACGGAGCUUAUGGAGUGGAGGUAUCUCCGCGCGGAGCGUGAAAAAGAGCAGGGCAACCUGGCGUUCAAAAAGGGCGACUACGAGGAGGCGAUUCAGCGCUACAAGGACGCGUAUGCUGUCGAGCCGGAGAUGCCACACUACCAGCUCAACCUCGCCGCCGCAUAUCUGAAAGUGAACAACUUCGUGGAGGCAGAAAAGGCAUGUGACAUAUCGCUCACCCAACAUAAGAGUGUCAAGGCGCACUGGCGGAGAGCCCAGGCUCGCAAGGCCCAAGGCCAAACAGAGGACGCGUUGCGCGACCUCCGUGCAGUACUUCGUCUUCAGCCGUCAAACUCGGAGGCGUUGACAGAGAUCUGUUUGCUCUGUCCCUCCGAGGCCGCGCGAAUAGAGCAACCGGUAGCUUCUGGCUCAUCCUCCUCCGCUCCUCCGCCGGUCCAGGGGAGCACGUGGAUUCCCGCUCCGAAAGUCCCCAAGCCUUUGCCAUUCGCGCGGGGUGUUCUCGACGACCGCAAGCUCAAAAUCUCCACUAUUCCGAUCACAGUUGAGAUUCCAGAGGACCUGUCGAUUUUUGCUGCGGAUACCGCCUCUCCGAGCAAGACCAAAGCGACCGCUACCGCAAACGCGGACGCCCUCAAAACCUCGUCGGGCCGCAUGAUGAAGCAGACGUUUCAGUAUCCAUCCUGGGAGCGUUAUAUGGUCAGCAAGGCCGACUAG